AUGCCCAAUGCGCGCCGCAGCAUGCCCCCACAGAUGCCAGACCAGCCGGUGAAGAAGCAGAGCAAGUGGUCCCCGGAGGAAGACGCUCUCAUCAUCGAGCUCCGGGGUAGUGGCAUGAAGUGGGAGGAUGUCUCCAAGCGUCUGCCGGGGCGAAGCGCCAUCAGUUGCCGCCUUCACUACCAAAACUAUCUCGAAAGACGAAGCGAGUGGGACGAGGAGCGCAAAAACAAGCUUGCCAGACUCUACGAGAGGUUCAAGGCGGAAAUGUGGGCAAAGGUGGCAGAGGAGCUCGCAGUGCCCUGGCGAGCCGCCGAAGCCAUGCACUGGCAGCUCGGAGAGGUGGAUAUGGCUCGACGAGCCGGGGUCGUUCCCUUUUCGCUGGCGGCUGUCAACGUCGAGAGCGGGCAGAGGAGCGUGGCGCCGCGUCCCAGCACCCACUAUCAGCCGCCGGACACCGGUGCUCGCCACCUGACGCCGCCCUCGCCUCGAUCCAUGUAUUCGCGAAGCCAGCCGUUAUCCGCCAUGUCCGUUGGCCAACCGAUGCGCGGAGAACCCAUGCCUGCGCAAACCGCGAUAUCUGGGCCGGGCAUUCCACCCUCGAUGGUGUCAGACCACGGCGAGGUCUACUACACUGCGGGCCCAGGGCUUCCGCCGAUACAGACUCAAGGGCAACCUCGCAACCCCGGUCCUCUGCCCAGCCUAGCGGAGCUGACCACCGGGGUGAGCCCGCUAUCCGACGUCGGAACCUACGAGAACCAAGCGGCGGGCGAGUCCAGAAUCGAUGCAUCGCGAAGGCAGCGUCCGACGACGAAUUACAUAAGACAGCCUGUCACGCGCGCCCGGAUGAGCAGGGCCGACAAGUGA